GAUUGUUAUGGGAGCCACAAAUAGGCCAAAUAGCAUUGAUCCUGCUUUGAGGAGAUUUGGGAGAUUUGAUCGAGAGAUUGACAUAGGUGUUCCUGAUGAAGUUGGAAGAUUGGAAGUUCUCCGAAUCCACACAAGAAACAUGAAGCUUGCUGAAGAUGUUGAUCUUGAAAGAGUUGCAAGAGAUACCCAUGGUUAUGUGGGAGCAGAUCUUGUUGCUCUCUGUACUGAAGCGGCCCUUUAGUGUAUCCGGGAGAAAAUGGAUGUCAUUGACUUAGAGGACGAGACAAGUGAUGCUGAGGUGUUGAAUUCAAUGGCUGU